CCCCCCCUUAUAAAGCCCCCUUGGCCCAGCGGCGGCUCGGCUGGAGGGAAGGCAGCUGCGGAGAGGCUCGGCCGUUGCAAGCCCCGAGGUCGUGACUGCCCUCUGUUGUCAUGGAAUCCACCUGGUUGAUCCAUCUUCUCGCGCUCUGCGCUCUCGCGACAGCGGUCCCUUCCGAGGACAAGAAGAAAAGUGAGAAGAAGCCCGCCUCGAAAGAGAAGAAGCUGAGCGAGAAGGCUACCACCUUGGCUGACCGCAGCGCCAUCCUGGCCUUCAACCUCUACCAGGUGAUGGCCAAGGACAAGAACCUGGAGAACAUCUUGGUGUCGCCAGUGGUGGUGGCAUCUUCUCUGGGGUUGGUGUCCCUCGGAGGAAAGGACACCACGGCCUCCCAAGCCAAGGCUCUCCUUAGCGCCAGCAAGCUCAACGACGAUUACAUCCACAGCGGACUCUCAGAGUUCCUGACCGACGUCAGCAACACCACAGCCAGGAAUGUCACCUGGAAACUCGGCAGCCGCCUCUACGGCCCCAGCUCCAUCAACUUCGUGGACGACUUUGUGCAAAAUAGCAAGAAGCACUACAACUACGAGCAUUCGAAGAUCAACUUCCGAGACAAGCGUAGUGCCCUCAAGUCCAUCAACGAGUGGGCGGCCCAGACUACGGAUGGCAAGCUGCCCGAGGUCACCAAAGAUAUGCAGAAGACGGACGGGGCCUUAAUUGUCAACGCCAUGUUCUUCAAACCGCACUGGGAUGAGAAGUUCCAUCACAAGAUGGUGGACAAUCGUGGCUUUAUGGUGACGCGUUCCUACACCGUCGGCAUUCCCAUGAUGCACCGUACAGGAUUGUACAAUUACUACGAGGACGAGGCGGAGAAGCUGCAGAUCGUGGAGAUGCCGCUGGCCCAUAAACUCUCUAGCCUGAUCAUCAUCAUGCCGAACCACGUGGAGUCCUUGGAGCGGGUGGAGAAGCUGCUCACCCGAGAACAGCUGCAGAGUUGGUUGGGCAAGUUGAAGCAGCGGUCGGUGGCCAUCUCCUUGCCCAAGGUCAGCCUGGAGGUCAGCCACGACAUUCAGAAACACCUGGCCGAUCUCGGUUUAACCGAAGCCAUGGAUAAGAACAAGGCUGACCUGUCUAAGAUCUCUGGCAAGAAGGACCUGUAUCUGUCCAACGUCUUCCACGCGGCGGCCCUGGAACUGGACACGGAAGGGAACCCCUUCGACUCUGACCUCUACAGCCGCGAAGAAAUCCGGAAUCCCAAACUCUUCUACGUCGAUCAUCCUUUCCUUUUCCUGGUUAAGGACAAUAAGACCAACUCCAUCCUGUUUAUUGGCAGGCUGGUGAAGCCCAAAGGAGACAAAAUGCGCGACGAAUUGUAGUUUGCAUGCUGGGUUUAUGUUAUGUCUCUUCGAUUUGAUUUUUUUUUUUUAUCUUGAGAUAAAAAUGAGAUAAAAUAGGUGCCUUUUUUUAAAAAACUGGUGCUCGCUCCUCUAACCUUCGUUAAAUUUUGGGGCAUCAAAAGAUGGUGAGAUACGAAGUUGGGAACAAGGGAAGUGGCGAAGGACGAGGGCUUAAUUCUUCAGCACCCCUUUUGAGCCCCACUUUGGUUUUUUACAGGUAGUUCUCAACUUACGACCAAAAUCGAGCCCAAAAUUUAUGUUGUUAAGUGAGACAACUGUUAAAAGUGAUUUUUUUUUUUUGGCCCCAUUUUACGACUUUUCUUGCCAUCAUUGUUAAGUGAAUCACUGCAGCUGUUAUAUUAGUGACACGGUUGUUAAGUGAAUCUGGCUCCCCCCCCAACUUUACUCGUCAGGUCACCCCGGGUUACUGCGACAAUCGUAUAUAUGAGUCAGUUGCCAGGUGCCUGAAUUUUGAUCACGUGACUCGGGGCAUGCUGCAGCAGUCGUAAGUGCGAAACUCAUUUUUUCCCAAACUUCAAACGGUCACUAAACGAACUGUCAUAAGUUGAGGACUACCUGUGGUUUUAUCUGCCCUGGAAAGUUAAAUGCAAUCAGAGAUUUAGGAAGGUUUGUGUGUGUAAUUCAUAUGCUCUUUUCCAGAAAAAGUGAUCUGUUCAGGUUUUGGGGAUCUCUUCCUAAAGAUAACGGCACAAGGAUUUAAGCACACAAGAUGGUUAAGUUUGUCAGUUGAUCGACUUUGGGGUUGUGAGAUUGUAACCGUGGGAAAGACAAUGAAAGGCAUUUCUUACCCAUUUUGCCAAGUUCUCACUGCUGCAAAACCCAGCUUGCAUUUUUGGGAGCAUGCGGUAGUCCUCCGCUUACGACCCCCCUCCCCCCCAUGGGCUAAGCGAGCCGGUUGUUAAGUGAGUCUCUCCUGAUUUUAUAACCUCUUUGGCCAGGGGGUUGUUAAGCAAAUCCAACUUCCUGCACUGAUUUUUUUUGUCGGAAAGGGGAGACGCGGCGCGGCUCUUCCCAGACACUGGGAAGCUGCAACCGUCAUAAAUACGAAGCCGGUUGCUGAAGCUGUCAAAAUUUUGCUCACGUGACUGUUGAGGAAGCUGUGACAGUUGUGUGAGGACUGUUCGUAAGAAGUCAACUUUUUUUCCCCAGUGAUGUAACUUUGAAGCCGCUGUACGAGCGGUCGUACGUUGAGGACUGCCAGCACGGUUUACCUGCCAGUAAUAACUCUGCAAAGAGAGAGAAUGGAUACUUCCCCAAGUGUUCUUAAAACUUAGGGCCUUAAGAGGAAUUGGGAAUCUUGGCUUACCGCAAAUGUUCCAUGUUCAGCACCUUUAGUACUAUUUUCCCCCGAAAAUAAGACCCCGUCUUAUUUUUUUUUUCCCACCAAAAGGCACCAGGUUUUAUUUUUGGGGGGAUGCUGUCUACUAACUCACGCGCAUUGCCCCUGGCCUCUUUUUCGCUGUCAAAGGCCUUCAAGGAACUACUUCUGCAGCCGGCAAGGCUUUCCUGAAGGCCUCUGCAGGUGAUAACAGAGCUUAGGAUCGAUCCAGAGCUGUAAUCGGUUGCAGAGACCUUCAGGAGAGCCUUGCGGGUUGGAGAAGAAAUGGGCCAGCAAGGCAGGUCUCGGGGUGUGUGAGAGACCUGGCUGCAGGUGUCUAAAGGUAAGUAGUAGGGUAGUAGUAUGGUAACUCCACCCCCUGCAUCCGCAUCCUAGCUUAAUUUUUACCCGUACACCCUGGAGUGGGCGGAGUCUUAACUAGGGCUUAUUUUGGAGGUAGGGUUUAUGUGUAAAAAAAAUGAAGCCAGGGCUUACUUUUGGAGUAGGUCGUAUUUUCGGGGAAACACGGUAUUUUAAUUCAUUUUAAAAACAUUUGACUUGGCUCCACUGACCGAGGCUAUCCAGGCAUAUGUAGACAUAAUAUUUAAAGUCCUUACUGAGUGAGAGUAUUUGCAUUUUCAGUUUUAUGAAACGGGAACAGCAAGUCCUGACGGUUUUAGCCCGAGAGGGGGAGCCAAGUCAAACCGGUGGCUGCGUAUUUCCGAGAAGACAAAAGGGUGAAUUUUAGACUAAAUGGAUGUUUUCCACUCCCAGCAUCGGGAAAAUUUAUAAUUUGCUGGCGUUUUUGACGUAGCUUUGUGUUUUCUCAGUACUUCGGACCAUAAUCCUCCAAGCCUUGGCCUGGGGAUAAUGGGGUUGCAGUUCCAUCAAGGGUAAAAAGAUUAUACCACGGGUGUAAUAAAUAUGCAGGGGUUAGGAAAUGAGGGCCUUGAUUAAAUCUGAAAGGCAAAAGUUCAGACUGAGUUAAAACUGAAUAAUCCCACAGUUUGAACGCAUCCUUUCUACCGAUGGUGAUGUAUCCAGAAUAGGCCAUAACCAGGUUAGUAAGCAAUUCAACGGGUAUAUUUGCAGAGCAGGUUAAACCUCGGUUUCUUGGUGCAAUACACAUGUGCCAAGCUAUGUGCACUAAUUCACAUUUUGCAGCAGUCCUGCACAGGAGUAAAUUUUGAAGAUUUUUAAGUUUUGAAGAUUAUGCACGUGUCUUAAAUUUAAAGGGCCAGACUCAGGUAAAACACAAAAAUAGACGCACACUCAGCCUGUCUUCUUUUCUAAGUUCAUGCCUUUCCCAUGUUACACGUGUCAUCAGCCUCUCCAAGGGGGUAACUCAGGAUGGUCUUUGGGGAGAUCCAACACACGCACAGAACUGCAGGGCAUGGUGGGAUGACGGUGCUAUCACGGGUUAAGGGGUGGCUGGGGGAAUUAAGCCACGUUUUUGCGAUUCGGAUGUCUUGUUAUUCACCGCACACAACUUUGUUGUACAAUUUUUGCAAUAAAAACAUUUUUCAGUGAA